AUGGCGGAGGAAAUCAUGGAUGAUAUUGAAUUUACGACUUCAGAAGAUCUGAAAGCAGCUUCUUCUUUUGAAGAGAUGAAUCUCAAAGAGGAUUUACUACGUGGGAUAUAUGCUUAUGGGUAUGAAGUUCCUAGCGCUGUUCAAAGUCGUGCAAUUACACAAAUAUGUAAAGGACGAGAUGUAAUUGCCCAAGCACAGUCUGGUACUGGUAAAACGGCUACGUUUUCCAUAGGUAUUCUUCAGUCCAUUGACCUUUCUGUGCGAGAUACCCAAGCUCUAAUUCUUUCACCAACCCGAGAAUUGGCCGUUCAAAUUCAGAACGUCGUUCUCGCUUUAGGUGAUCAUAUGAAUGUUCAAUGUCAUGCCUGCAUCGGCGGAACUUCUGUAGGCAACGAUAUAAAAAAAUUAGAUUACGGUCAACAUGUUGUAUCAGGAACACCCGGCCGCGUGACAGAUAUGAUUCGUAGAAGAAACCUUCGAACUCGAAAUGUAAAAAUGCUAAUUCUGGAUGAGGCCGAUGAGCUUUUGAAUCAAGGAUUUAAAGAGCAAAUUUAUGACAUUUAUCGUUACCUUCCUCCUGGUACUCAAGUUGUUGUAGUAAGUGCUACUCUACCACAGGACGUUCUGGAAAUGACAAGCAAAUUUACCUCAGAUCCUGUUCGCAUUCUCGUAAAAAGAGAUGAGCUUACUCUAGAGGGGUUAAAACAAUACUUCAUCGCCGUCGAAAAAGAAGAAUGGAAAUUUGACACCCUUUGUGAUUUGUAUGACACACUUACAAUUACACAAGCUGUCAUUUUCUGUAACUCUAGAAGAAAGGUAGAUUGGCUUGCUGAAAAAAUGCGAGAAGCAAAUUUCACUGUUGCCAGUAUGCAUGGUGAAAUGCCACAAAAGGAACGGGAUACUAUUAUGCAAGACUUCCGACAGGGAAAUAGUCGAGUUUUGCUGUGCACGGAUAUUUGGGCUCGAGGAAUCGAUGUACAACAAGUAUCUCUUGUAAUAAACUACGAUCUUCCUACAAAUCGUGAGAAUUACAUUCAUAGAAUCGGUCGUAGUGGCAGAUUUGGCCGCAAAGGUGUUGCUAUAAAUUUUGUCACAAAUGAAGACGUUCGAAUACUUCGGGAUAUUGAACAAUACUACUCUACUGUUAUUGAUGAGAUGCCCAUGAACAUUGGCGACAUGGUAUAA